AUGCGAUUUAAUUUAGAAUAUCUACCAAAUAAUAUUAAUUCAAUUCAAACUAUUAUUGAUAUUGCUAUUAAUCAUUUACAACAAUCAUCAUAUACUUUAAAAAUUAUUCUAAAUUAUGGAAUAUUUUUACUUCGAUCUGUUGAACAUCAUCCAAAUAAACAGCGAAAAGAAAUCAUUCAACAAUUUGCUAAGAAAAUUAUUAAACAAUGUUUUUCAACGAGUGAUAAUAUUAGACCUGAUGGAACAACACUAAGUAAAUCAUAUCCAGAAGCAUGUUCUAUAUUGGCUGAUAUUCUCAUCACAGAUUUAUUUCCAAUACUUAUUUCAAAAACAAUGUUAGAUGAAUUAAGUAAUUCAUUGGAAUCAUAUAUAGAUGAAGCUUGGCAUUUACCACAAAUAGAUUCAUUUAUUAAUACAUUUUUCACUCAAUCUCUUUUGUCAUCAACAAAACUUCAAUCAUCAUUUCAAAUUGAUGAACAUUCUUCGAUGAUUUCAUUUUAUUUAAAAAAUAAAUCAACUCGAUUCGAACGAGUUAACCAAUUAAUUAAUAAAAUUGAUAAAAUAUUUUUUAUUAAUACAAAUGUUCAACGAAUUGCUUUACAUUCUCAAAAAUAUAAACAAUUAAUAGAUGAAUUAAUUCAAGAUAAUAAAUGUCUUACUAUAGAUAAAUUAACAAAUGAACAAUGUAAACUUUCAACAGUGUUAAGUUCUAAAACAAAAAAUCUUAAACUACCUGGAUUAUAUAUUAAUAUAUUGAGUAGUUGUUAUUAUCUAUUAACUGGAAAACAACAACAACAUAUAACUCAUAUUAUUCUAAACGAUUAUUUACGAGAUAAAGACGUAUCUAAUUUAGAUAAAUUAAAAUCAUUACGUAUUCUUCGUUCUCUAUCAUCAACAUAUAACGAAACCCUUGAAUGGCUUCAAAAAAACCAAGAUUCUCAAUUAGUAAUAAAAUCUUCUGAUGAAAACUCUCGUCCACGAAGUCGCAUUGCUAUUAUUCAUCCACUUGAUGAUAUAAUUCUAUGUCUACCAGCUACGUUUGAUUUAACUCCAGAAAAUUUCCUAAAACAUUUUGAUCUAUUAAAAACAAAAUUAAAUGCAUCAAAUGCAAAAUUUAUUAGUAAUGCUAUGUUAAGCAUUUCAAUUAAAAUAAGUGAUGAAAUUUUCUUAAAAUCUUAUCUUGAAUUUAUUCGUAAUGAACAAUUUCAAAAAUUUGGUAUAACAGCAAAUAAAGAAGUUCUUCGUUUAUUAAUUCAAUAUGUAUAUGAUUCAAGUUUAAUAAUAACUGUUAUAAAACCUUUAUGGGAUAGACAUCCUCAUCAAGAUAUUCGUGCAUGUCUUAUUUUAAUUCUACUUCAUUUUAUUGGUAAAUCACAUUCCGAUAUAAUUUGGAAUAUUCUUGAACAAGCUGCAUAUGAUGAAUAUUUUCCCGUAGUACAAACUUUAUUUGCUAGUUAUCGAGCAGAUUCUCGUUGGCCAUUAUCAAAAUUGAGAUAUUCAUUGAAAAAUUUAUUUGAAACAUUUGUUAAUCAAAUACAAUUUAAAAUAUUAGAUCAUCCAACAUUAUUAGAAGCACGUGUGUAUGCUUGGUCGUAUCUUGAAUAUGAUUAUUGUCAUACAAAUGAAUUAAUUAGCAAAGCUCAAAAUUUAUGUAUUCGAUUUGAUAAAGAUGGUAAUGUUUUAUGGUCAAAUGCUUUUCAAAAAAUUAUUUUAUUUUAUAAACAAAACAAAAUAUCUUCCUUAGAUAUAAUUAUUGAUAUUAUUACAAAAAUUAUGUCAUACAGAGAUGAUAUCGAUACAAAACAAAAUGCUAUUAAUAAUCAACAUGAUUUACCAGUUUAUCGUCGUAUUCAAACUAUACUAACAAAUCUUAUGUUUAAGAUUAAUGAAUUUAAUAAUGAGAAAAAAAUUCAUUUUCGUUCACUUAUUCCAAUUUUUCUUCAAUUUGAUAAAGUAUUGACUCCUCUUAUUGGAAAAUUAUUGAUGAAAAUAGCUCAAAAUAAAGAAGAUAUUGAAGAUGGAUUAAAAAUGCUUCAAGAUAAUUUACCUGAAGUUUAUUUUGAAAGAAUAUUAAUAGAACUAUCAAGUUUUCUUCAAAAGGAUGAUUAUUGCCAUUUUAUUAAACAUUUAAGUGUUGAUGAAAAAUUUGAUUUAGCUCAAUGGUUUAUUAUGGAAAAAAAUCGACCAUUAUUCGUUCUUGAUUUUCUUCAGGAUUAUGUAUUUAACCAAGCUUCUAUUGAUCGUGAAAAAUGUCAAAAUAUUCUUCGAUGUUUACGACAAUCCAAAAAUUUGACUGUAAGAGAGAAAGCCAUAAAUUAUAAUGUACCUUGGAAAGAUGAUGAUGUCGACAAUGAUGAUUAA